AUGUCUUCCAUGAACAAGUCCAAGGCCGCCCCCGAGCAAGGUAAGUAUGGAUCUCUCCAGGUCAGUGGAGCCCUCUGCCGCCGUUGGCUUGCAGAUCCCGACUACGAGGGAUGCUACAUCAUUACCUCCCCCCAAGACCUCAGUUAUCUACAAUCUAAUCCUCGACUCAGGGCCCAGAUGGAGCCAAAGAUCCACAAUAUCCACGGGGAGCUUCACCAGCAGGUCGUUGAGCUCGGUCUCCCAAACGAGUUCGAUGCACCCGUCGAAAAGGGUAAGUCAGUCUAUCGGAACUACACAAUCCGACACGGCUCUCUCACCUGGGUGGGAACCAUCGGACCGGGUAUCGUUGUCCUUGCUGAGAUCCAGCGCAGUUCGCACCCGAUGUGGAACGCCCCCUACAUCUCACAGAUCACUCAGGCCCUCUACGCCCAGUGCUAUGACCUCGCAGGGCUGAGGCACAUCAUCAUCACGAACAUCCAGGAAGAUGAAACGAGUGCUUUAAUUGAAGACCAUAUCCUUCUCUGGCCAGAUAAGGGACCGUACACUUGGGAAAUCGGAACGCCAGAAUAUGAUGCUUUGCUGGGCACCAGGCUCGGUAAGGUGGCCGCCUACGUCCUUCUGGGCGCUCUUCCCCGCGGCACUCGGCGAAUCAGUCAAAUUACCCUUUGGGGGUGCGAUGCCCCAGGCGCCGAUAUGCGGUUCGAUAUUGAGGCUGUCUAA